CGAGUGAGUGUGUGUUAGUGACGUAUGUACAUUAUAUUGUCUGAAACACAAUGUUCAUUCCAAAUACAAAAUGGUUAGUGAUUCUUACAUGUCUGGUAGGUGGUGCUAAAUAUGCGUAUUCGAUAUUCUGCUACGACUGUAACAGCGCGUUCGACCCUCGUUGCGGCGAGGAGUUCGACCCUUUCAGCCUGGGCGUGGUUAACUGCUCGCUCAAGGACCCGCUUGAGCACAUACCACCCGUCGAGUCCAAAUUCUGCCGCUCCAUUAAAAUGGAAAUAUACGGUAAAGUCCGCGUCGUCCGAGGCUGUGGUUUCCUAACAGAAGAGAACGAGAAGAUAGGUGACCCUCCCUGCAGACGACAGACUGGCACUGGCGACUUGUUCGUGACUUAUUGCACCUGCGAUACUGAUUUAUGUAACAAAGCUGCUUUGAAUGGUGGCGCUAGUGUUCUCGCUCUGAUGUUACUUAGUCUGUUUUUGGUGUGUUGAUUAAAUUA